UCGAAGAAAGUGAAAACUGCACCCGAAAAUUCAUGGGCCAUUGUCCCCAAUGCAAUAUCGAAUGUGGUAUGAGAGCCUCUGCUGAAGAGGUGACAGAAAGUACCGUGACACUUCCUCUGCGCAGGAUUUUGACUGCAACCAAGUCUUCACAGCCAGACAUUUUGGAAUGCGGCUUGGCGAUCGCGAAAUUCCCUAAAUGCCAGCAACCCGUCCUUUCCUUUCCUUCUUUUUACCUGUCACUCACUUCAAUGCUACCGAGCCAUCUUUUGAUUGUCUCUUCUUCUUCCGAUCUUUCUCUGCGGAUGCGCGCAAUGGUACGGUUGACGAGACAUCAGCUCUACCGACCCUACAAGCAGCAGUCCGUGGUUUCACGCUGCGGACUGCUGCUUACUUCUACCGGCUUCUUUUCCCCCUCCUGCAAAACAGUCCCAAGCUUUGGAAUAGUCUUGCAGGCGGGUCCUCUGUUUACAGUGCAUCCUUCGGGAUCACUGAUACCCAAUCUUACAUGAUGUCUUUCAGGUCAUCUGAAUCUCCUCUCCACGCGACUCGUGAGGCCUGCGUGUCCUUUCAGGACAUUACGCCGAGCGGUCGUAGCCCCCCAGCCUCCUGUACUCGUGCGUCCCAUAUUUUGGGGUGCUGUUGCAGGUGUUUUCUCCCAAUGGUUGGACAUGGUUCCUCCAUCACAGCGUUCCUUCGGGAAUUCUGAAACCUUUUAUUUUUCAUGAUGUCUUCACUGUCAUCUCAACCUUCUCGCCCUGGCGAAGACAAGGCCAAGGCCAAAGUCAAAAGGUUCAGGAGCCCUGCGCAGGGGAGACACCUACGCGCAGGUGCAGGGCGUGAGUAGCUGGCUUUGGCCGGUGAAACCAAGAUCUCCCCAAUGUCUCUCAAGAGCUCCAGGAGCCUGACAGAGAUGAGACCAAAACCGAUGUGCCAACGAACGGUUGGGUCGCCCUUCUGGCCUUAU